CAGGCACGUGGAAACAUCAGAAGAGGAGCUGCGUACAGGGGGGCGCACCAAGCUCCGAAUCCCAGUGCAGCGCCUGUCGCCCAGUAUCCAGUUGCUGACUGGGGCUGGGACGGGGAGCAAUACUGACGCCGCCCGGAGAGACCGGACAGUGUGGGCACGGCAGAACCCAUGCUGUCGAUGACCGUGGAGGGUACAGAAUUACCCUUCCUGGUGGACACUGGGGCAACCUAUUCUACAUUGAGAGACACACCGGACUGUGCAUCACUUUCAAGUAGCACAGUUAAUGUUGUGGGUUUCUCCGGGAUUCCGAUGACUCUGCCACUGACUGAUCCCGCUUUGACGCAGCUGGGAAAACAGACUUUGAAACACCAAUAUGUGGUGUCACCACAGGUGCCUGUAAAUCUCAUGGGCAGGGAUCUGCUUGUGAAACUGGGAGCAACUAUUAUGUGUUCGGCGGACGGCCUGACGGUCACUCUGCCAGGAGGAAAAGAAUUCCCGUGCCUGGGAUCGCCUUCAAAGACUCAAUAUCUGGUCAGAGACUCUGAGCAGUCCACAGCAGACAUAUACUGGGGACGGCUGGUGGAGGAAGGCAUUCUGAGAACAUACCAGCAAUGGAGACCCUGGAUAAUGAGCUUGGCCGUCUACUCUGAGCCUAGAGAUCCUUACCACGUCACCCUUUUUUAUGAUAAGGAAGAAGACGACACCUAUAGGGAGCAAUUUGAGAGUGAUCUAGAGGGAGAAACGUGGAAGGUGAAAACACACAAUAUUUAUAUUGGACCAGAAGGUGUCGCCGCGGCUGUCAAAUUAACGGAUGAACAAUUGCCCUGGUAUAAUGUGGGAGAGGAUUCAGCCCCUCACAUUACUUUGGCGGUCCAUGUUGGUCAUGAGGCACGAGAACUAGGGCCAAUGGUCAAGCGGGCGCUGGACAACUCUUGUUGGCAAGGUACGCAAAUUCCAAAUGUUUGGUAUGCUCCUAAAUGUAAAAUCUAUCGUGUACUUUGCUGUUCUAACGAUGCUGUGAUUUUAGAACAUAAAGAAAUUUCCAGAACACAUGGCAGGGAGAAAACAGAUCAUCCAGACGCGGUGGCUGAACUCCCCAAACUGCCUGACACAUUGUGGUCCAGAGGGCCAACAGAUGUGGGUUUAGCUUCCUGUUCACCUGUUCUUUUCGAGCUGAAGUCGAAUGCACCCAUCAAUAAACCACAGUACAGGCACAAACCGGAAGCUGACGCAGGUAUUGCAGAAACAAUUGAAGGGCUGUUGCAGGUAGGGGUGUUAGAACCAUCACACUCAUACUGGAACACACCUAUUUUACCAGUAGAAAAGCAGGGCACGGGGAAAUACAGAAUGGCACAUGAUUUGAGAGCUAUUAAUGCCAUACUACGUACUGAAACUGUUCCUGUGCCUAAUCCAUACACAGCUCUCACGGCAAUUACAUGGGACCAGAAAUGGUUCACGUGCAUUGAUUUGGCUAACGCAUUCUUUUGUCUUCCACUGCACGAGUCACUCAGAGACAUUUUUUCAUUCACAUACAGAGGCAGACAGUUCAGAUAUACACGAUUGCCACAGGGCUUUGCACUGUCACCAGGCAUUUUUAAUCAGGUGCUGAAAGAAGCCCUGUCACCAUGUCAACUGCCUGAGGGCUGCACACUAAUCCAGUAUGUUGAUGACCUCCUAGUUGCAGCUCCUUCCGUGGCGGCGUGUACGGCAGCCUCGCUCGCAGUGUUGAACCGACUGGCAGAAUGUGGCUUCAAGGUCAGUAAGGAGAAACUGCAGCUGGUCCGACCGGAGGUAACUUUUCUGGGCCGGGUGAUUGCACACAAAUCCGUGGGGUUAAUGAACACACACAGAGACCAAAUUCUCACACAUCCCAAACCACGAACUGUGAAAGAAUUGCUUUCUUUUCUAGGUUUGACAGGUUACAGCAGACAGUUUAUUCCGAACUACGCAGGUAAAACCGCCCCUUUAAGGGACCUGAUUAAGAAAGUCGGCGCUCGAGACCUGAAGGCUGAGUUGUCUUGGACGCCGGCCACAGAGUCCGCGUUCAUUUCGUUGAAGCAGGAUUUGUCAAGAGCAACUGAUCUGGCCACACCAAAUUACGAUGAACCGUUCUACCUAGAUGUUUCUGAAACAAAUGACAUUGUAAAUGGUGUAUUGUUUCAGAAAAAAGGGGGGAGUAGAGAUGUGCUCAUGUAUGUCAGCAUAAAACUGGGCCCAAUAGAAGCAAGACACCCAACAUGCACACGACACGCAGCAGGGGUCGCAAAAAUCAUCCAGAAAACAGCACACAUAGUAAGGGAACACCCACUGAAAGUGCUCACCACACACAGUGUAGUGGCUUAUGUGAACUCACAGGCGUUCACAAUGACCCCACUGAAACAACAGAGGUUGAGCAAAAUUCUAGAUGCACCCAAUCUGACAUUCACACAUGAAGGGAUUAACAUGGCAGAUUUAAUGGGGUCAGGGGAACCACAUGAUUGUGAGAAGAGAGCCCAGGUUGAAGAGAAAGUGAGAGAGGAUCUAAAAGCAGAACCCAUAGCAGGAGCAGAGGAGUGGUUCACAGAUGGAUGCUGCCACAGAGAUGAAGAGGGACUUAAAGCAGGGUAUGCUGUAGUUCGCAGAGUAGGACAGGAGUAUCAGGUAAUAGAAGCAGGAAGGAUUGAGGGACAGCAGUCAGCCCAGAGAGCUGAAGUGAUAGCCCUGAUCCGAGCUCUGCGGUUGGCCAAGAACCUGAAAGUGAACAUUUACACGGACUCAGCAUAUGCGUUUGGAGCCGCACAUGUGGAACUGGCUCAGUGGAAGAGAGCCGGAUACAGAACUGCGACCAACGCACCUAUCUGCCACAAAAAGGAGAUGGAGGAACUGGAGAAAGCCCUAGAGGAUCCAGAUGAGGUGAGUAUUGUAAAAUGCAAAGGACAUUCACAGGGAGAUAACCCGGUGGCAAAAGGAAACCGGACCGCUGAUGAAGCUGCAAAAAAGGCCGCAGGCUAUAAAGGACAGAGACAAAUGGUGCAGGUAACGGCAGAAGAGGAGGUGAGUACCAACACUUUGGAGGAGGUCAGACAGGCUCAGAAGGAAGCAGCCCCAGAGGAAAAGGGGGCGUGGCAGGCUAAAGGAGCCUGGCAGGAGGAAGGUCUGUGGAGGAGCCCGGACGGGCGUCCAGUUUUGACGACCAAAAUGGCAAAGCAAAAGGUAAGUGAAGCUCACCGACUGGGCCACGUGGGUAUAAAACAAAUGGAGAAAAACUUGUGUCGGUGGUGGCAUCCGGAGUUAAGGAACAUGGUACAGGAGAAGGCCAGAACAUGUUUAAUCUGUGGAGCACACAAUCCCAAACCAACAGUGAAACCAGAGCCGGGUAAGUUUUUGAUGCCUGAGAGACCGGGAGAGGAGAUUGUUAUUGAUUUCACUGACAUGAUUGAGACAGGCCCAGGUGGUGUGAGGUAUUUGUUGGUGUGUGUGGAUGCCUUGACCGGCUGGCCAGAGGCUUGGCCAACCCGGAAGGAAGACGCGAAAAGUGUAAUAAAGUGUUUGAUUAACCAUUACAUUCCGCGACACGGGUUUCCCCGAAGGAUUAGAUCAGAUAAUGGCACACACUUUAAAAACCAGGAUCUGCAAGAAGUAGAGAGAAUGUUGGGAGUGCAGCAUAAAUUUGGGACAGUGUAUCAUCCCCAGUCUCAAGGAAAAGUAGAAAGAAUGAAUCUGAACUUAAAAAAUAAGAUAGCGAAAAUAUGUGCACAAACAGGGUUAAACUGGGUAGCUGCACUCCCCAUUGCUUUGAUGACCAUACGAUGCUCUGUGAAUCAAUCAACAGGGUUUACCCCGUACGAGCUGCUGACCGGGAGACAGUUUCCAGCACCUUGGACAGUGGUCUCGGCGGAGCAGCCCCAGAAAAGGAACAGGUCUCAUGCUGAAUAUUUUAACGAGUUGAAAGCCCUUGUGUCCAGUUUCACAAAACAGGUGACGUGUGAGAACCCCAGAGAGAAAGGAGAGGUCCCUGACGCCAAGGCGGUGUGGCUAAAGGUCAUCAAACGCAAGUGGAAGGAACCCAGGUGGACAGGUCCAUACGAGGUGACAACUCGGACGGCUACAGCGGUCCAGUUGAAAGGGAAAGGCGACACCUGGUUCCAUUGGACGCAGUGUGCGGCAGCAGACGAGAGCCUAGUGGACGAGGAUCCGACUCCGGCGGACACGGGGGGCAACGAGUCUAAGAGGCAGAAUAAAUCCUCUCCCCUGUGCAACGGGCCGACUGGUAGUCCACCCAGAAGGCCGAAGAAAGAAGAACCGCUGAGGAGGAGAUCGCCGCGCCUGCAGAAAGGAGGGACCACAAGCUGAGUGGCCCGAAGAGAGUAGCUGAAAAG